CUCAAGUUUCUUCCCAUAGGCUAGCCUAUUCUCUCCGGCCGCAAUCACACACUAUUGGCCCGGUCAGGUGACAGGCUUUGGGGAAGCUGGCCAGCCUCGUUCUCGCUUUCCAUCAUUUAACACGCCAUCGCCAACCGGGAGUGCACGGGAACGGGAUAGAGCAUCGGAUUUAUCGGAAUAUUUUCCAGAUAUUGGACAAAACUGAUUUAGGGUCAACGGCAUGGGCGAGCGAACGGCAUUUCUACUGUUAUGGGUUGCGACCUUGACGCUGGCAUCUGAGGUGCCUUCUGAUGACUCAGUGGGUCUGCUGGCAGAGCCCCAGGUAGCCAUGUUCUGUGGGAAAUUUAACAUGCAUGUCAACGUUCAGAGUGGCAAGUGGGAGUCGGAUCCCUUCGGCACCAAGAGCUGCAUCGGAACCAAGGAGGGCAUCCUGCAGUACUGUCAGGAGGUGUACCCUGAGCUCCAGAUCACUAACGUGGUGGAAGCCAACCAGCCAGUCAGCAUUCAGAGCUGGUGCAAGAAGGGACGCAAGAAGGGACGCAAGGAGUGUAGCAGUCACACACACAUCGUGGUGCCCUACCGCUGCCUGGUUGGAGAGUUUGUGAGUGAUGCCCUGCUGGUUCCUGAUAAGUGCAAGUUCCUGCAUCAGGAGAGAAUGGACAUGUGUGAGAGCCACCUGCACUGGCACACCGUGGCUAAAGAGUCCUGCGGAGACCGCACCAUGAAUCUCCAUGACUACGGGAUGCUGUUGCCAUGCGGCAUCGACCGUUUCCGAGGGGUGGAGUUUGUGUGUUGCCCAGCGGAGACACAGCGCGAGUCAGACAGUGUGGAGCUGACUGAGUCUGAUGUGUGGUGGGGUGGAGACGAGACUGAAUAUACCGAUAACAACAUGCCUCGCCAGGCGGAUCAGGGGGCUGUCACCACUGAGGAGGAUGACGAAGAGGAUGCCUUUGACAGAGACGAGGACGGAGAUGGUCUUGAGGAUGAUGAUGAUGAAGACGAUGAGGAUGACGUGACCGAUGAACGGGACAGUGCUGAAGGCACCUCCAACAUCGCCAUGACAACCACCACCACGACCACCACUGAGUCGGUUGAGGAAGUCGUCAGAGAGGUGUGUUGGGCGCGUGCUGAGUCGGGCCCGUGCCAUGCCAUUCUGGAGCGUUGGUACUUCGUGCCAGAGAAGGGCACCUGUGCCCCCUUCCUCUUUGGAGGGUGUGGGGGCAACCGGAAUAACUUUGACUCAGAGGAGUACUGCCUGUCUGUCUGCAGCACCAGUGUGUUGCCCACCACGGCCCCCUCCCCCCCUGGCGCGGUGGACCGUUACCUGGAGUCUCCCGGAGACGACAGCGAACACGCCAACUUCCAGCAGGCCAAGGAGAGUCUGGAGGCCAAGCACCGCGAGAGGAUGUCUCAGGUGAUGAGAGAGUGGGAGGAAGCAGAGAGACAAGCCAAGAGUCUCCCUCGCGCUGACAAGAAGGCAGUCAUCCAGCACUUCCAGGAGAAGGUGGAGGCCCUGGAGCAGGAGGCAGCAGGAGAGAGGCAGCAGCUGGUGGAGACCCACAUGGCUCGGGUGGAGGCCCUGCUCAACAGCCGCCGCCACAUGGCCCUGGAGAACUACCUCGGCUCCCUGCAGGCCAACCCACCCAGGCCUCGUCAGGUGCUUGGCCUGUUGAAGAAGUAUGUCCGUGCAGAACAGAAGGACAGACAACACACCCUGAAACACUACGAGCACGUCCGCAUGGUGGACCCCAAAAAGGCUGCUCAGAUCCGACCCCAGGUGAUGACCCACCUGCGUGUGAUUGACGAGAGGAUGAACCAAUCCCUGGGGCUGCUCUACAAGGUGCCCAGCGUGACCAAUGAAAUCCAAGACCAAGUUUCUGUUCUGAUGCAGAGGGUUCAGUCAGAGCUGUCUCAGCAAGUCUCAUCUCUGCAGAGCGAUGGGAGGAGUGAUGGCAGGGUGAGCUAUGGAAACGAUGCCCUGAUGCCCGACCAGGCUUACAGCUCUGCCCCUCUGGACCCUGGCAUGGGCCUGGAUCGACUGGGCUUCAUCCACCCAGAGAGCUUCAAUCAGCCCAACACUGACAACCACGUUGAUCCUGUUGAUGCUCGUCCAGUCCCAGAUAGAGGUCUGCCCACUCGGCCUGUGUCUGCUCUGAAGCCUGAGGAGGUUCCUGAGGUGCGGGUAGAGAAGGAGGAGCGACAAAGCGCCAGCUAUGAAGUGCAUCAUCAAAAACUGGUGUUCUUUGCUGAGGAUGUGGGCUCCAACAAGGGUGCCAUCAUCGGCCUGAUGGUGGGCGGGGUUGUCAUAGCGACAGUCAUCAUCAUCUCUCUGAUUAUGCUGAGGAAGAAGCAGUAUACCUCCAUCCACCACGGAAUCAUUGAGGUGGAUGCUGCAGUGACCCCAGAGGAGCGUCACCUGUCCAAGAUGCAGCAGAAUGGCUAUGAGAACCCCACCUACAAGUUCUUCGAACAGAUGCAGAACUAAGGAGCUACCCGUUGACCCCUCCCAGACCCUGAACUUCCUUUAACCCCUCACACCUAGGGCCCGUUCCAUUUUGGUCCAUAAACCCCUCACACCUAGGGCCUGUUCCAUUUUGGUCCAUAAACCCCUCACACCUAGGGCCCGUUCCAUUUUGGUCCAUAAACCCCUCACACCUAGGGCCUGUUCCAUUUUGGUCCAUAAACCCCUCACACCUAGGGCCUGUUCCAUUUUGGUCCAUAAACCCCUCACACCUAGGGCCCGUUCCAUUUUGGUCCAUAAACCCCUCACACCUAGGGCCCGUUCCAUUUUGGUCCAUAAACCCCUCACACCUAGGGCCCGUUCCAUUUUGGUCCAUAAACCCCUCACACCUAGGGCCCGUUCCAUUUUGGUCCAUAAACCCCUCACACCUAGGGCCCGUUCCAUUUUGGUCCAUAAACCCCUCAAAGCUAGGGCCCGUUCCAUUUUGGUCCAUAAACCCCUCACACCUAGGGCCCGUUCCAUUUUGGUCCAUAAACCCCUCACACCUAGGGCCCGUUCCAUUUUGGUCCAUAAACCCCUCACACCUAGGGCCUGUUCCAUUUUGGUCCAUAAACCCCUCACACCUAGGGCCCGUACCAUUUUGGUCCAUAAACCCCUCACACCUAGGGCCUGUUCCAUUUUGGUCCAUAAACCCCUCAAAGCUAGGUUCCGUUCCAUUUUGGUCCAUAAACCCCUCACAUCUAGGGCCCGUACCAUUUUGGUCCAUAAACCCUUCUUACUCUAUUGCUGUCAAUGGAUCUGAAAGGACUGAGUAGGUAAAACCAGUAUGACUGAAGUGCCAGAAAAAUCUAGAAUGAAUUGGGUUUGAAAUAGUUGUAGUCAUAUUACUUCCAGCUAUCCAGGGGUGGUGCCAAGGAGCUGGGGGCUGAAAUACAACCUAGCCACACUCACCCUUCAUCCUUUCCUCGUAAAGUGCAGAACAUCAACAUUCAUAGCUGCUAUCGGUCAGACAAGGAUAUCCUCAUUCACCUGCAUAUUUUUCUAUAAUAUCCUGUAGUGUUUGUAUAGAACAGAGAAGCUCAUUGAUUGAUUCAUCUGUCCGUCUAUCUGUGGGUGAGCCCUCCCCCUCAGGAUAGCACUCGCAGGUCUAAGAAGGUGAAACAGAGGCCCCAAAUAUCCCUGCAAUCUUCCUGCCUCUUCCUCACUCACUCUGACGCACUCUCCCCUCCCCUUCCAUCUCUCCCAAGCACUCUUCUCCCCUCCCUCUCUCUCAGAUGACAGCUGUGCUGUGUUUAGUGAUGACAUAACAGCUCUUAACACUAGCGAAGGGAGGAGGGGCUCAGUCUGCCCUGAGCUCCUCUCUGUGAGGUUUUUACCACAAGGGAGGAGGGGCUCAGUCUGCCCUGAGCUCCACUCUGUGGGAUUAUACCACAAGGGAGGAGGGGCUCAGUCUGCCCUGAGCUCCUCUCUGUGAGGUUUUUACCACAAGGGAGGAGGGGCUCAGUCUGGCCUGAGCUCCUCUCUGUGGGAUUAUACCACAAGGGAAGAGGGGCUCAGUCUGCCCUGAGCUCCUCUCUGUGGGAUUAUACCACAAGGGAGGAGGGGCUCAGUCUGCCCUGAGCUCCUCUCUGUGGGAUUAUACCACAAGGGAGGAGGGGCUCAGUCUGCCCUGAGCUCCUCUCUGUGGGAUUAUACCACAAGGGAGGGGGGGCUCAGUCUGCCCUGAGCUCCUCUCUGUGGGAUUAUACCACAAGGGAAGAGGGGCUCAGUCUGGCCUGAGCUCCUCUCUGUGGGAUUAUACCACAAGGGAAGAGGGGCUCAGUCUGCCCUGAGCUCCUCUCUGUGGGAUUAUACCACAAGGGAGAAGGGGCUCAGUCUGCCCUGAGCUCCUCUCUGUGGGAUUAUACCACAAGGGAGGAGGGGCUCAGUCUGCCCUGAGCUCCUCUCUGUGGGAUUAUACCACAAGGGAGGGGGGGCUCAGUCUGCCCUGAGCUCCUCUCUGUGGGAUUAUACCACAAGGGAGGAGGGGCUCAGUCUGCCCUGAGCUCCUCUCUGUGGGAUUAUACCACAAGCGUUUCAGGUUUUUUUUCCAGAAAAAUGUAUAAAAAACAAAAAUAUAUAACUAAUACAUCAGAAAUAUGUAAAAGGCAAAGAAAUAUUGAAUGUUUUUAUUUUGUGCGUAAUGUAUUGAAAUAAGGCAGAAAAAACUAGCUGUAACUAUAUGUAGUGCAUGGUGAUAUUGAUGCCAGAUAUACGUAGAGAAGCUGGCUCCUGUCGCAGGACUGGGCCUCUCAUAUAGACUUUUAGCAGGAUUGUACAUUUUCUGUGUCUUCUUUGUGAUCUUGUGAUAUGAAGAAGAGAGUAGAAAAAAAACUAUUUAGAAUCUGGUCCGCUUUGUUGUCACUGUGACAAUCUUUAAACAGAACCUGUGCUCUCCUUUGUUUCCAGCCCCUUCCUCGCUCUGUUACCUACAUGAACCCAAUUAUCUCUAUCUACAUGUAGCUAAUAUAAUGACGUGUAAUAGUAUCUGAAAGGAAGUCGAUCUGUUUCAUUUAGUCUGGGUGUUACUGGUGUUACUGCUCUGUUUGUUGGUUUAUGUCUCUUAAAUAUUCCACGACGAGGAAUUGUUUCAGCUCCAUUCAUCAUUCCAGAAAUCUCAGCAUUCCACCCUCUUUCCUCAUUCCUAUAUAGUCUGUGAAAAUCAUUCAUGGAAACGGAUAUCAUUAUUAUGUUUUCUUUCUCAGGCUUUCAGGCUCUCUUUCGAUCUCUCCUUUCCUCUUGUCUAUCCCAUAGACCUCAACCCCCACUACCAGCCCUGCUCCUCUAUCCAUGCUGUCGGCUUGGUGUGUGAACUAUGUUGAAUUGAGAGAGAGGGGGGGGAUUGGGCGUGUCAGAUUUGUACAUUCUAAUCAUCAAACACUUAUUCCCUCCACAAUGUCUCACACAGAACAUACACUAUUUUUCCAUGACAUAGACUGACCAGGUGAAAGCUAUGAUCCCUUAUUGAUGUACAUGUAUCAAACAACCAAGGAAAGAUAAGAACUGUUCUUGUUCUGUGGUGGAUAUCCCCCUCUUGCUUGUUUUGUCAAAUCUCUCAUGUCUCAGACAUCCUGGCUUUAAAAGCAGAGGCUAAAGAAAUACUGAUCUCAGACUAGUUAUAUUGAUCUCGGGACAAAGUGCGUGAGGCAAAAUACAGGGACACUGUUCAGAAAGGAGCAACUCUGCACAGGACUUUCAGAUAUACAUGUGUAAUGUGGAACAGGUGUCAUUCUGUCAGGUAGUUUUGUGUUACAUUUCCAUCUGCAACAUUCUGAAUGUUUCGCCGAGCUGAAAGCACCCCAGAUCUGGGAUCAGUAUUGAGGCCGUAGUAGACGAGACAUUCCCCAUACCCAAAAUGGAGCCUCCAAUAGACAUGAAUGUGACAUUCAUAUUGUGCAAUUAUGCCACAGAUCUACAUACUACUACACUCCCUCCCUACACACAAACUGAAGCUCUUAAAUCAGGUAAAUGUUUUGGUGUUAUCAAGCAUACUUGUACAGGGUAUCUCCAGGGGUUAGUGGUUUCAUUUGUUCAUUCUGUGACUUUUUCUGUGUACCUAUACAAAUCAUUUGCUUAGACUGAGAAAACACUUUCUACACUUCCCAUCAAUAAAAUGUUGAAUGUACAUACAAA